AUAUCCCUCCGAUGUAGUGUAACGGCUAGCACGGUUGUCUUUCACACAGCAGACCCGGGUUCGACUCCCGGCAUCGGAAUGUUUUUUUGGAUUUCAGCCCCCGUAUCUUAUGAAAUAGCUACUUACGUACUUGUGGCCAGGGUCGCCUCUUUUUCGUGGGUGGCUUGGGGUUCGCUGUGUAUUAAUAGACAAGGAUCUAAAAAUGCCUAUUGAGAUUGCUCGAUCAGGAAAUUUUUGGGGCCACUUAUUUGUACCUGGAUUUUUAUUCCAAGUAAGAUUAGUUCAUAAAGACACCAAUGAAACAAAGUCCAAGUCUUCUGAAGUUCCCAACUCCAAGUCGGAUGACCAACUUCGAGCUGUGACCUUGGAUAAUGGUUUAACAGCACUUUUAAUCUCGAAUCCUAACAUGGAAACGACUGCAAUAUCAAUUCUGGUAAACUCUGGUUCCAAUAACGACGGUGAUAUUAAAGGAUUGGCUCACUUGGUUGAGCAUAUGCUUUUCAGUGGAACAAAAGAGUUUCGUCAACCUUACUUUCUAAUUGACAAUAUAUCCAAAGCGGGCGGAACCAUUAAUGCUUUCACCAGUUACAAUCAGACAAAUUACCAUUUGGAAGCUUCUAAUACUUCCAAGUCUAUUAGAAACAUAAAUCCACAAGUAAAGUCUGAUGACGGAGUAGUAGGAUACUUGAUACACAUGUUCUCGAGGUUCUUUAAGAACCCAGUUUUCAACAACCAAUGCAUUAAGAACGAGAUAAAGGACAUUAAUGAAGAGCAUCUAGCCAACUUGAAUUCCGAAAGCAAGAGAUUCUAUCAUUGUUUGAAAUUAUUGGUAUCUGAAACACACAGUUUCCAUAGUUUUGCUACUGGUAACACUAACACUUUAAGUUCAAUUCCCAAGCUUAGAAAGCAUUUAGUCAAUUAUUUUGAGCGGUACUAUUAUGCCAGCAAUAUAAAGAUAGUGAUCAAAAGCUCCUUGUCUUUAAACCAACUUCAAAAGCUAGCGGUGAUGAAUUUUAAUGACAUUCCUGAUAAACCAAUAUCCCCUCAACUUGCCCUACCAUUCUUUCAAACUUAUGAGAAAGGAAAUCUACUCCAAGUGGAAACCACUAAACAGCCCAAAAUGAGGGUGGUGUUUCCUAUAAACCAGUUGAAUGAUAGCUUAAUUCAAAUAUCUAAAGUGUGGAUAGAGCUUUUGGGGCAAGAAGAACCUGGUUCUCUAUGUUUUCAUUUGUUGAAGCAAAAUUUUGCAACCGAAGUGAAUGUCUUUGACCAGCUAGUUGAUUUCAACAAUUUGAUGAUAUUCAUAGAAAUUCAUUUAACAACCAAUGGAUACAACAAUAUUAAGACCAUAAUGAGGUCCCCCGUUAAAAGAAUUGGGAAAGUAAUUGAUCAGUGCUUGAGGCUAGAGAAGUUUGAGUUCAUAUACCAAGACAACGAUGAUAGUUCCAUGGAUGAGCUUCAAAGCAAUUUACCGACCAGUCUCUUUCUAAUAGAGACGAAACGUUGGCUUAAUAUUCGAAGUCUGAAUCUCAUAGUCUUUGGUCCUUCCACUAUUGAUAGCAGGCCCAUGAAGUGUCAACUAUCAGAUGAGUAUUAUACAUUGAACUACUGUGUUUGCAGACUUGACUCUAAAAGCGUUGAUUAUGAUUCGGUUCCGGAAUUCAAAUUGCCAGAGAGAAAUAAAUUCCUAAUUUGGUCACAUGAGGAGUUAGAUUCAAUGUUGCACCAGUUUCAUGAGUUCCAAGGAAAUAUGAAUAUGAAUGUCAAGUUCAAAAUAGAUCAACCACCUUUCCUCGCUGAACAUUCCCAAAACUUAGAGUUGUGGUUCAAAAAGGAGUUCACUUUUAAUUCGAAGUGUUUUGUCUCAUUUCAAUUAUGUUCAAAGUCAUUGGAGCACAACUGUCGCCAUUUGGUUGCUGUUGACCUACUUUGUGAAGCUUUAGGCGUUGCACUAGCAUCAUCUUUAUAUCAUUCAGAAAAAUUAGGCUUCUCGUGGUCGAUUUAUCCGCUGUUAAAUGGAACAAAUUCCAUAACUAUCACUUUGAUUGGUAUAAAUAUGCUAUUCAAAGAAAUUUUACAAGAACUAAUAGGCAUUGUGGUAGAUGAAUUGAGAAACUUACAAUCCUUGCCUUACUCACUUUUCAUGAGGUAUAGAGUCGGACUAAGAAAACGUUAUAAGAAAUUAUACGAAGAGGAAUAUUUGGUUCAAUCUAUGGCAGCAGGAAUGUUUGUUAUGGAAACAAACGUAUUUUCGAUAGAAGAAAAGUGUGAAACACUCGAAGAAAUAGUACUCGAAGAAGUUGUGGCCAUCUCAUUGCUGUUGAUCAACGAUUCAUAUACGAGCAUUUUCCUCAAUGGAGAUGGAACAGUUGACGACUGUUAUGAUAUAUCCCAUAUCAUUAAUAGGCUAUCUAAUCAUUUGUCACUCGAUACAACUCGAAAGGUGAACGAUCCUAGCAGCUUUCAACCAAUCAUUGGCAAAUUUAGAUUUGAAAUACCGGCUGCAACAGCCAAUGACUUCUGUUACUUCUAUAUCCAUUUAGGGGAAAGAAAUAAUUCUUACAUUAGAACUAUUAGCAAACUCUUGGAGUAUGUUACUGGAAGAAAUAUUCAUAAGCUUAAGAGUGAACGAAAUCUAGGAUACAGAAUUGUAAGUGGGUUGAAAAUCUUCAGGAAAACCAUGGGCCUUUUUCUUUAUGUGGAAAGCAAUGAAUACAGUUACAAAAUGCUUUCUAGGAAUAUAGAGGAUUACCUCCAUGUGAUAGAAAGUGAGAUUGAAAGCUUGAAUAAUGAGCAAUUCAGAGAACAGAUGCUCAAUCCAUGUCUUAAUUCUCUUGAAUUUCAUAAUGAGACGCAAUUCUCCCCUGAUACAGUCUUUGAUUUGUUACCUUGUAAAGCAAGCACCAACUUUGAAAAUGAUAGCAAGAGCUAUUUUAUUCAUAAAAGUACCUGGGUGCAAAUUUUAAACAGAAACUACCGUUUUAAUGCAAAGAAUGGAAAUGAAGAAGUAGACGUUGACCUUUUGAGGAGGGUUACUAGAGUAGAGCUUUUAAAGAUGUUCACCCUAUUAGUAUCACCAGAUUCAGAGUCCAGGUCCAUAAUUACAAUAACCAAUGAUGAAAACUCUCAAAGAUUAUCACAGAAAAUCAAUGAUUACAUCGAUAGCAGAAGUUUGAGUAUCACUUCUGAAGCGAAAUCAAACUUGUUGAAGAUAAAUGAGUUUGAUAUUAUCAAAGAGGUACUUGAGAAAAGGUUUACCCAGAAAAAUGGUAUGAAUAUAAAAGGGUUUCUAAAGCCAAUUGGAAACGAUUCUCAGUAUCUAUACCCCCUGAAACAAAAAGAACGAACUAUGGGAGUUUCCAGAUAUCACCAUACUACAGAUAUAAUUAAGGAUCAACAGGACCAUUUGGAGAGACUUGAGGUUUAUAUUUCUGGUCAAUAGACUUAAAUACAUAGAAACUUUUUUGGGAGUGUUGAAUUUAAAAAAAGGCAACCAAGGUUAGAGAUGCAAAUACCAUGAAAAAGCUAGGAGCAACCCUGAAGGCAAAGGAAUCCUUCGUGUUACCUGAAUCGCCAUCGGACCCAGAGUCUGAAUCUGAGUCUUCUGUGGCUUCGGAAGUAGAGUCAGAACCAUUAGCUAAGGUUGUUACAGCUGUAGCAGAGGGUGAUUCAGAUCCACCUGUCAAAGCAGAUGUCUUUGCAUUCUUGGCACUAGAAGCACCGGGAAUAGUACUCAAAACACUUUCGAUGUUUGAGUCAGAAGAGUCGUGCUUGGCCUUUGCCAAGGAGAUAGUUAAAUCUUCCAAGUCAUAAACCACAUAAAAGUUUCUGAGGAAAUUGUCACCAAGAAUGUAGGAUUCCAAACCAGUUUCAGAAUCCGCUGAUUGUCCAAUGAUACCAAGAUAACAAGUGUCUCCAUCACUUUCAAGAAUGAAGCUUGAUAAAGAAACUGAAUAACUGGUACCAGAAAAUGUGAAAACGACUUGAGCAGCUGAAUCGAGGUUACAAUCAAUUGAAUAGGCACCAACAUUUUGAGAGUAGUCAAGGUUGAAAGAUUCACCCAACUUGGUAACUACACUUUCAGGAAAGUAACACAACGUAGUACCAGAAUCCAAUAAAGCAGUGUAACCGUUAUCAGCUACUUUGUGUUUACUAGAUGAGUUGGAAGCGGCUGCGCUGACACUGUCCAAAUUAAUUUCCAACCUGAUGGGUGAUGAGAUACCCAAAGAAGCAUAGCUGUUAACAAUGGGAAAAGUGGUUAAAUCACCCGAAUAUUUUGAAGUAUCCACAGCUCCAAACAAGAGAUCACCGUAUUUGGAGUCGGAAUCCCCCAAGUAUAAAGAGUAAACGACUUUCUUGAGAUAGCCCAAUGCUUUUAAUCUUAACGGUAAGUUAUCGUACUCAUAGGAAGAGCUGGAUGAACCUGAGUAAGUGACUUCGGAACCAGGCAAUCCAAUACCCAAAACUCCAACGUCAGAAGAACUUUCAUUAACCACAGCUAAGCUCAAGCCCUUGACGGUCACGUUACCGAUUUUAACAUCAUCAGUACCCCAUACCCCAAUGGCUUCACUACCAUCCGCGUAGGAGAUGUCGAAGAGGUCACUGGAAGAGUUCUUUUUGAAAGUAUCCGAACCCUCAGUACUGAAAGAACCAUAAGAUGUACAAUCAACAGUUGCACUAGCAUCCAGAUCACCAUCAGAACCACUUUGGCCAGAUUCAUAAGAGGAUUCACUGACCAAACUAGCGAAUCCACCCAAACCUGGGUCAACCCAAGGGUCAGAUGACUCAUAAGAAACGUCUGUAGCCUCAAUUCCAAUUUCACUCAAAAGACUUGAGUAUUCAUUAAGAAUACCCUUGUUGACGGUUUUGGUUGGUUUACUAGCGAUAUCAAUCACAUUACCACCUCUAUGAGCUCCGAUAUCUGAUGCUAAGUUCCGCUUUUUGGUAGAAGAAGAAGAAGAAGCUAAGCAUUUCACGUCACCAGACAUCACCCACAAAUCAGACGAGCCAGUAUCCACCAAAACCUGGACUUUAUCUUCCUUAGAGCCAAUAUUCAAAUCAGCAAUGUAGAAGGUUUCGGCAUUUUCAAGCUGGACUUCAAUAGGGUUGUUGGAUGAGGCUCUUUUGACGAAUCUUCCCUUCUUGUCAGAAUCAAUAUUAGCAAGGCCGUCACCUCUUUUGACUUCGAAACCGAGUUUGAAAAACCCAUUAUCAUUUUCUUCUACUGAGGUGGCCAGUCCCAAACUAGCCAAAACCGUUACUGCUACCAAGGAGACGAACUUCAUGGUGACAACACUUUUAUCAGAAAAAAAAUACGCAGAUUGGUUCUAUUGUAUUUAUAUCCGCGAAAGCUAAUCUGCGGGUCGCUUACAGAGUUUUUGACGGUAGAAGCUUUAUUUUUGCAGCUGGACUCCCGUGUACCGUACAAAGUACACGAGGGCCAGAAUAGAUCUAUAUGACCACAACGUACCUGAACAUGAGCCCCCCUGCAUGUUUUAAAUUCUAAUGGGGGCUGUUUUCAUGUA